UCGAUGGCUCAGAUGGAAAAAGACAGUGGGCUCCGUUUGACUUGUAGAGGAUUUGUCUCACCGCGCUGCCUCUGAGGACUCAACUAUAUAUAUAUGUAUAUUAAUAUUUAUGUAUAUUUAAAGACAGAGAGACAUAGACACAGACUCCGUGUCUUUACCCGCGAAGAGGAAACGCUAUAAUGUUUAUAAUUAGACGCUGAAACAAUUGACGGCGGCGCAGCGCUGGCUUGUGUCGAGGCUCAGCGGAAAUCAGAGGGUGUUUUCUGUCAAACACACGCAGACAGAGACACGGACAGAGACACGGGCAGAGACGGAGACAGAGAAGCAGCAUCGAUGCGCUUCACUUCCACUGCGGCCGGCGUUUGAGGAGACAAACAACUACAGCGUCCAGAUGAUGUCAGGGAAGCAUUUCAAGGCUCACGAAGUGAGCUGCUGCAUCAAGUACUUCAUCUUCGGAUUCAACAUCAUAUUCUGGUUCCUUGGAGUGGCUUUCCUUGGCAUUGGGUUGUGGGCAUGGAGCGAGAAGGGCGUCCUCUCCAACAUCUCGUCCAUCACAGAUUUGGGGGGUUUCGACCCAGUCUGGCUCUUCCUUGUUGUCGGCGGUGUGAUGUUCAUCCUUGGAUUUGCCGGUUGCAUCGGAGCACUCCGAGAAAACUCCUUCCUGCUCAAGUUUUUCUCCGUGUUCCUGGGUAUCAUCUUCUUCCUGGAGCUGACUGCAGGAGUCCUGGCCUUUGUCUUCAAAGACUGGAUCAAGGACCAGCUCAACUUUUUUAUUAACAACAACAUUCGGGCGUACAGGGACGAUAUUGACCUGCAGAACCUGAUAGACUUCACCCAGGAAUAUUGGGAGUGUUGCGGAGCAUUCGGAGCCGAUGACUGGAAUUUGAACAUAUACUUCAACUGCACUGAUUCAAACCCAAGUCGAGAGAAAUGUGGAGUGCCCUUUUCUUGUUGCACCAAAGAUCCAGCGGAGGACGUCAUCAACACUCAGUGUGGAUACGACAUCCGAGCAAAGACGGACUCGGAGCAGCGGACGUUCAUUUAUAUCAAAGGUUGUGUUCCACAGUUUGAGAAAUGGCUUCAAGACAACCUGACAGUAGUGGCAGGGAUCUUUAUUGGUAUAGCAUUACUACAGAUUUUCGGCAUCUGUUUAGCCCAGAACCUUGUCAGUGACAUUGAAGCUGUGCGAGAGAGCUGUUUAUUUACCUAAGAUCUCCAUGGAGUCACCAAAGGCCAGAAGGAUGUACCAGGACUCUGCAGUUUGGACACCAGCAAUGAAGUGUGUCCAUGAAGAGGAGUCUCAUUCAUGUGUACAUAAUAAAUAUUAGAGUUAUUUUUAGAGUUAUGUGGGCCUGUUUUUAAAAUUAAGCAAACCUCUGAGCUGUACUGUAGCGUCUUCAUACAGUAUUAUUAAAAAAAGAAUGCAGCGUAGGCAGGUCACAUUGUUUCUAAAAGUGCUGUGGGUUUUUCUGUCUCACAGCUGCAGUUUAAACACUGCAUGUAAUGGCUGAAGUGAUUCUGGAAAUGCACUGCAUGCCUUUUGUCUCCUGGUAGGACAUUGGCUCUCCUAACUGUGUUUCAUUCAUGUAAAGUAUUUUAAAAGAAAUAGUCACUAGAGAAAAUUGGCUGGUUAGCACUUUUUUUGUUGUUUUGUUUUGAAUGUUUAAGGAUCUACUUAAAGCUACAGAGAAUUAACUUCAAAUUUAUGUCCACAAUUUGGCAGCAGAAUCUGAACUGAGGUGGACACAGUCGUAUCAUUGAUGUUUGUAAAUUUUCUAUGAGUUUGACAGUGAAAUUUUAUUGAAAAAGUGAAAGAACAGUAGAAUAACACAUGGCAUGUAAAUAAGAAAACUCAGCCUUAUGCACUUUAAUCUUCAUAUGAAGUGACUAUGCUCACUACAGCCACUUAGCUUUUGCCACACUUGUUAUUUUAGUCGAGCCUUGGCCACUAGAGGGGGCACUUUGAAGCUGCGUCUGUAUCUCCAUGGUGCUCCACACUUACACACAUUCAUCUUAAGUUUAACCUGAGGCAGCUCGACAGAAAAACAGCAUCAUCUUCAUUUCUAUUGUCAGUUGAUGUUUCUCAAAUGAUUAUGAAUUCCUGUUGUGAAAUCUAUUGAUGAACCCUGUUUCACUGGAGAAUUAGGAUUCAAGCUAAUCUUAAGGCUCAUGAAGAAGAUGCACGCUGGUGGCCUUCACACAGAUGUUCUCUCACCAGCAGUAUUUCUACAAACUAAGAUUCUGUUCAUAGGUUUUGAUUCUUUUAAGUUAUCAUAACAGUGCCAUCAUAGUAUGAAACUAAGAAAAACAGUGAUUUCAUGUGAAGUAAAAGAAAUGUUUUCCUGAUUUACACGCUUACAUUUGAAAUGAUUCAUGUAAAAAAAGUGGCCAUGUGUGAAAAAGACUUUUUAUUCCCUUUGAAGUCUUCAUAUGAUCGUUGGUGUUGACUGAUCUCACUCUUUCUUACCACUCAGUGCCAUACUUGCAUACUUUCUACAGACUCCUGAUUUAAACUUUGUGUCUGUUUCAUGAUAAAUGGAUCGUGGCAACUUGUAAAUAUACUGUAUAUCUUAAUAAAUGUGUUUGUUUGUA